AUGUUCGUGUGGUCAGCUCAUAACGCAGCACGUGGUGAUCCCGCUGGGCGCUCUGACCAACAAGCUGUCGGAAGAGAGCCAUCAGCUAGUCCAGAUAGACCCACCCCAGCAGGAGAGGUGGUCUGUGGCCAAAAACACACAGACCUCCCCCACGGAUGCCUUCGGGACCAUCGACUUCCAGGGUGGAGGCCUCAUCAACAAGGCAAUGUACAUCAGAGUUUCCCAUGACUCUAAGCCAGACAAUCUGCUCCAACUGAUGGUGAAAGACUGGCAGCUGGAACUCCCCAACCUGCUCAUCUCCAUCCACGGAGGCCUGCAGAACUUUGACCUGCAACCCAAACUCAAACAAGUUUUAGGGAAGGGACUCAUCAAGGCUGCAGUCACCACCGGAGCAUGGAUCUUCACUGGUGGAGUCAGCACUGGUGUGAUUCGUCACGUGGGGGAUGCCCUGAAGGACCACUCCUCUAAGUCCAGAGGGAAGGUAUGUGCCAUCGGUAUCGCUCCCUGGGGCAUCAUAGAGAACAAGGAGGACCUCAUCGGUAGAGAUGUAACACGGCCGUACCAGACCAUGUCCAACCCGCUGUCCAAGCUGUCUGUCCUGAACAACAGCCACUCCCACUUCAUCCUGGCCGACAACGGCACUACAGGGAAGUAUGGAGCGGAGGUGAAGCUACGCCGCCAGCUGGAAAAACACAUCUCACUGCAGAAGAUCAACACACGCCUGGGCCAGGGGGUCCCGUUGGUGUGUCUGAUAGUAGAGGGAGGUCCUAAUGUCAUCUCCAUCACCCUGGAGAGUCUGAAGGAGGAACCUCCCGUCCCCGUGGUGGUCUGUGAUGGCAGCGGGAGGGCAUCGGACAUCAUGUCCUUCGCUCACAAAUACUGCGAGGAGGGAGGUCUGAUAACUGACGACGUGAGGGACCAGCUGCUGGUGACCAUACAGAAGACCUUCAACUAUAGUAAGAGCCAAUCACAGCAGAUCCUGCUCAUGGUCAUGGAGUGCAUGAAGAAGAAGGAGCUGAUAACAGUGUUUCGAAUGGGUUCUGAAGGACAGCAAGAUAUUGAAAUGGCCAUUCUGACUGCUUUAUUAAAAGGAACCAACGCCUCUGCCCCGGACCAGCUGAGUCUAGCUCUGGCCUGGAACAGAGUGGACAUAGCACGCAACCAGAUCUUUGUCUACGGUCACCAUCUACCACCUGCCAGUGCCCUAGCUAACAGCAGUGGUACCGUAGCCACUACCACAGAGAGGCCGAAGAGUCCAGCCGCUGCCCCCAGGAACAAGGCCAAGGCCCGGGGGAAAAAGGGGAAGGGAGGGAAGGCAAAGCCUGAACCACCAGAGGAGACUGACCCCAGGAAGAUAGAACUAAUGCGAUGGGUGAACUCUCUGGAGCAGGCCAUGAUGGAUGCCUUGGUGCUGGACAGGGUGGACUUUGUCAAGCUGCUGAUAGAGAACGGCGUCAACAUCCACCACUUCCUCACCAUUCCUCGCCUGGAGGAGCUGUACAACACGAGACUGGGUCCUGCUAACACGUUGCAUGUUGUGGUGAGAGAUGUCAAGAAGGGCAACCUCCCGCCAGACUACCAGAUCACUCUGAUUGACAUUGGUCUGGUGAUGGAGUACCUGAUGGGUGGGGCUUACCGCUGUAACUACACCAGGAAGAACUUCAGGGCACUUUACAACAACCUCUACGGGCUGAAGAGGCCAAAAGCCUUGAAGAUGCUGGGGCUGGAGGACGACGAGCCGAGGGGAAAGAAGAAGAAAGGGAAGAAGAAGAAAGAGGAGGAGGUAGAGAUAGAUGUGGACGACCCUGAGGUCUGUCGCUUCACCUACCCCUUCCACGAGCUGAUGGUGUGGGCCGUUCUCAUGAAGCGCCAGAAGAUGGCGCUGUUUCUGUGGCAACGUGGGGAGGAGGCCAUGGCCAAGGCUCUGGUGGCCUGUAAGCUAUACACAGCCAUGGCUAAAGAGUCAUCUGAAAUGGUGGACGAUAUCGCCCAGGACCUGGACAACAACUCCAAGGAGUUUGGCCAGCUUGCCUACGAGCUCCUGGACCAGUCCUAUAAGCACGAUGAACAGGUGGCCAUGAAGCUGCUGACGUAUGAGCUGACCAACUGGAGCAACUCUACCUGUCUGAAGCUGGCCGUGGCCGCCAAGCACAGAGACUUCAUCGCCCACACCUGCAGUCAGAUGCUGCUGACCGACAUGUGGAUGGGAAAUCUGAGAAUGGGGAAGAACCCUGGGCUGAAGGUGAUUCUGGGCAUCAUAUUCCCUCCAUCAAUUCUGCUGCUGGUGGACUUCAAAGGAGAAGACCAGUCCUACACAGCUGACUCUGAAGAAGGGAAAGACAAGGACGAUGACGCUGGCAAGGUACAGAAGACUCUGGAUGACGUUGUGUCAAGGAAGGGGGAUGAAGAGGAGGGCAGCAGUAAUGUCAGGAGGAAGCCCAUUGGACGGAGGAUCUAUGAGUUCUAUGAUGCCCCGUUCACCAAGUUCUGGUUCAACACCAUCUCCUACCUGGGCUACCUGAUGCUGUAUAACUACAUAAUCCUGGUGAAGAUGGAGCGAUGGCCGUCCAUCCAGGAGUGGACCGUCAUUGCCUACAUCCUAACGCUCGGCUUCGAGAAAGUCAGACAGAUCCUAAUGUCAGAGCCUGGGAAGCUGAAGCAGAAGAUCAACGUAUGGCUGCAAGAGGUCUGGAACAUCACUGACCUGGCAGCCAUCUCCACCUUCCUGGUUGGCCUUCUGCUGAGGCUGCAGAACGAACCCCUCCUGGGCAUCGGACGUGUCAUCUACUGCAUAGACAUCAUCUUCUGGUACAUCAGGGUGCUCGACAUCUUCGGGGUCAACAAGUACCUGGGACCCUAUGUCAUGAUGAUUGGGAAAAUGAUGAUCGACAUGCUGUACUUCGUGAUAAUCAUGUUGGUGGUGUUGAUGAGUUUCGGGGUGUCGCGGCAGGCCAUCUUGCACCCUGAUGAGGAGCCAACAUGGCGUUUGGCCAGAAACAUCUUCUACAUGCCCUACUGGAUGAUCUAUGGAGAGGUGUUUGCUGACUCGAUCGACCUCUAUGCAAUGGAAAUCAACCCGCCGUGUGGUGAGAACCUGUACGAUGAGGAUGGUAAGAAGCUGCCUCCAUGUAUCCCUGGAGCCUGGCUGACCCCAGCCAUCAUGGCCUGUUAUUUACUGGUGGCCAACAUCCUGCUGGUCAACCUGUUGAUUGCUGUCUUCAACAACACUUUUAUGGAGGUGAAGGCCAUCUCCAACCAGAUCUGGAAGUUCCAGAGAUAUCAGCUGAUUAUGAUCUUCCAUGACCGUCCGAUCCUCCCUCCGCCCCUCAUCGUGUUCAGUCACCUCUACCUCCUGUUCAGAAGCUUUCGCUGCACCAAGAAGAAUGAUGGAGAUCUGAAUGAGAAGGACAGAGGACUCAAGCUACGGCUAAACCCUGAGGAGCUGAAGGCUCUAUUUGAGUUUGAGGAGCAGUGUGUGGAGGAAUACUUCAGAGAGAAGGAAGACGAGCACCAUUCAUCCAGUGACCAGAGGAUCAAGGUCACAUCAGAACGGGUGGAGAACAUGUCCAUGCGUCUGGAGGAGGUGAAUGAGCGGGAGAACACCAUGAAGGCGUCCCUGCAGACAGUGGACCUUCGUCUGGCUCAGCUGGAAGACAUCCACAGCCGCAUGAUGAACGCCCUAGAGAAGCUGGCUGGGGUCGACCAUUCAGAGCUUAAACGCUCCCACUCCACACACUCCUCCUACUGCGACCCGUCCUCCCUGCUCCGAGCCAGCUCCAUCAACAGCGCUGACGGCUACAGCAUGUACCGCUUCCAGAUGGACGUGGAGGAGGCUGAGAGGAAAGCCCAGCUUGGCACUGAGAGGCAGGGCAGUGUACGGUCUCGCCUAGGGUCUGAGAGGCAGGGCAGCGUGCUGUCUCGUCUAGGGUCUGAAAGACAGGGCAGCGUACUGUCUCGUCUAGGGUCUGAAAGACAGGGCAGUGUCAGCAGAACAUCCAACCUGUCUGUAGGUCCGGAGAGACAGGGCAGUCUACAGAAAUUGUCUAGCGCAUCUACCCUGACUGUAGGCCGGGAGCGACAUGGCAGCCUACAAACCAGAGUUUCCAAGGACUACGGCCAGCCGUUAGACAUGGACAGAGCAGACAGGACACGGCCCAGCUCCUAUGUGGACAUCCUGAUCUCCCCAUGUGAACAAAGGGCUGAAGGGGAGACAGAUGGAGGAGAAACCAAGUCUGACAUACCUAAAGACAAAGUACCAGAUCCCACAGAUCCACUGGAUGCUGCAUUAACUAAAGCAGGUCUACCAAGAGAGAAGACCAAGCUGGAGAAGUCUAGAUCUGUUAAAUGCUAUCCCAGCAACCCUGUGGAUCACUGCAUUACCUCUAGAAGCAGGGCUAAGAGCACUAUCCUCUAUGACCAAACUGCUGCCAAUUGCGAGGCCCUCUGGGUUGCAGACUACAAUCCUAAACAGGAAUCCCCAGACAGUAGAGAUCCUCUGGAUAGUGCAUUAGCUAAAGAAGGUCUGCCAAGGGCGAUGUCCAAGCUGGUGGCAACCAUGUCCUCCCCAUUGGCAAAGUUUAUCCAUCCUAUCCCAUACUACCACACGACACCUCCAUUUACCCCUCGAUCCACUAGGACCAGGGCUAAAAGCAACAUCUCCCCAACCACAGCAAGGGAUGAGAGUGAGGCCCUCUGGGCUGCAGACUACAGAUCUGUGAUAGACCAGGUAUCCAAUGCUCCAGGCCAGUUGCCAGCCUGUUGGGAGUACAAGGUCCACCACAUCCACAUCGGACAACAGCCCAAAGUCUCUGUGGUCAGGCCUCAUGGCCAGCUACCUGACACACAGGGAUUCUCUGAACCUGAGCCUGAAAAACUAGAGUCUAACAUGGUUCCUCUGAUUCCACCAGCUGUAGAGACUGAACUACUUAAACAGCAUUCUGACAUGGUUCAACAAGAUGCUUUGCUGGUUCCACCAGAGGCUUUGCUGGUUCCUCCAGACAUUAAGUUGUCACCUCCUCCUCCGACUGAGCUGGAUCCUCCAGAGACUGAGUUGGUUCCACGAGUUCUUCCACUGGGUCCUCCAACUAUAGCAACAUAUCUGGAUCUUCCAACCAUAAAAACACACCUGGUACCGCAAACCAUAGAGAGGGAACUAGUUAUUCCAGCUAUAGAGACUGAACUAGUUGUUCCAGCUAUAGAUACUGCACUAGUUAUUCCAGCUACAGAGACUGAACAAGAUGGUCCAACCACAUACACUGGAUUCAUUAUUCCAACCAUAGAGAGUGAGCUACUUAUUCCAACCAUAGAGAGUGAGCUACUUAUUCCAACCAUAGAGAGUGAGCUACUUAUUCCAUCUAUAGAGAGUGAACUACUUAUUCCAUCUAUAGAGACUGAACUACAAAUUCCAAUCAUAGAGACUGAACUUAAAAUUCCAAACAAAGAGACUGAACUUAUUAUUUCAACCAGAGACUAAAAUAGUUAUUCCAGCUGUAGAGACUGAACUACUUAUUCUAACCAUAAACUAAACUUAUUCCUCCAACCAUAGAGACUCAACUAGUAAUUCCAACCAUAAACACUGAACAAGGUAUCCCAGCUAUCGAGACUGAACUAAGUAUUCAAACCACAGAGAAUUAACUAGAUAUUACAACCAUAAAGAUUAAACUAGCUAUUCCAGCUAUAGAGAUUGAAGUAGUUAUUCCAGCUACAGAAACUGAAUUGGUUAUUCUAACCAUAGACUGAACUAGUUAUUCCAAAUAAACAAACUGAACUAGUUAUUCCAACCAUACAGACUGCAAUAGUUAUUCCAACCACAGGGACUGAACUAGUUAUUCUAACAAUAGACACUGAACUAGUUCCUCAAAUAACAUACACUGAACAAGUUAUUCCAACCACAGAGACUGAAGUAAUUAUUCCAGACAUAGAGACUCAGCAGGUUAUUCCAGCUAUACAGACUGAAAUAGUUGUUUCAAACAUUGAGGCUGAACCAGUUAUUCCAACAAUAGAGAUGUAACUAGUUAUUCCAGCCAUAGACUGAACUAGUUAUUCCAACCACAGAGACCAAACUAGUUAUUCCAACAAAAGACAAUGAACUAGUUCCUCAAAUAACAGAGACUGAACUAAUUAUUCCAGAGACAUAGACUGAGCUAGUUAUUCCAGCUAUAUACAGACAAGUAUUGAGACUGAACAAGUUAUUCUAACAAUAGAGAAUUAAAUAGUUAUGGCAAAUAUAUACUGAACUAGUUCAUCCAAUCAUAAAGACUGAAGUAGUUAUUCCAACUAUAGCUACAGAACUAGUUAUUCUAGCCAUACAGACUAAACUAGUUGUU